GCCGUUGAGUUUCCCUGGCCUCUCUCCUUCCGUCUCUCUCAUCCUCGCAUGGAGCCUCCGUCUGACACCUCCAGUUCCCCCUGGGACACCUCCAACUCUCUCUCCAGAUCUCCAGGGCCAUGGCUCCCAGCCCUCCCAGUCUCGCUGCACCCCAACGUGAGUUUUCCUGUGGGCAUCGGCGCCAGCGGAGCCCCCCUGUCCCUGACCCACUCCCUGGCCCUGGUUGCCAUGCUCCUCAUGGACCUCCUGGCCGUCGUUGGCAACCUAGCUGUCAUGGCCGUCAUCACCAAGACGCUGCAGCUGAGGAAGUUCGCCUUCGUGUUCCAUCUGUGUCUGGUCGACCUACUGGCGGCUCUGGUUCUGAUGCCUCUGGGGAUGCUGUCGGACCGGAUCUUGGUGCAUGAUGAGGCACUCUGCCAGAGCUACCUCUGCCUGAGUGUAGGGCUGGUCAGUGCUGCCAUUUUGUCUAUCUCAGCCAUCAACGUGGAGAGGUAUUACUACAUCGUCCAUCCGAUGCGCCAUGAGGUGAAAAUGACAGCAGGGGUGGUUGUGGCAGUGUUAGUCGGAAUCUGGGUCAAAGCUAUUGUGAUGUCAGCUCUGCCUCUACUGGGCUGGGUGCCCCAGGGAAACCAGGGGGUAGGUGUCGGACUUGGAAUGGGACUAGGGAGUCCCAUGAUCCCGGGUCCUCCAAGCCAGAGACGUUGCUCCCUACACUGGACUGGAGGAGGAGGGACCACACGAUUAAUCUUCAUGGUCUUCUUCACCUUUGUCUACUUCCUGUGUGCAGUACUGAUCAUUCUUAUUGUGUACUGUAACAUGUUUAAAGUAGCCCGGGUGGCAGCCAUGCAGCAUGGCCCCUUACCGACCGGGAUGGACACACCUGGUCCCCGCCCUCACCGCUCCGAGUCCCUCAGCAGCCACUCCACCAUGGUUGUCAGCUUGGGGGGCUCUGGGGGCCCAUGUCCUCCACUCCGCACCCCCAGUCAGAGGACCUUCAACGGGGGUAAAGCCGCGGCAGUCCUGGUGGCGGUUGGAGGCCAGUUCCUAUGCUGCUGGCUGCCUUACUUCUCCUUCCACCUGUAUGCUGCCCUGGUCUCUACCCCCCAGGCCUCCUUGGUCUCUACCCAGCUGGAAGAAGUUGUGACCUGGAUUGGUUACUUCUGCUUCACCUCCAACCCUUUCUUCUACGGCUGUCUGAAUCGGCAGAUCCGAACAGAGCUGGGCCGAAGCCUGGCCUGUCUCUUUAAGCGGGCAGGGCCGGGCGAUGGGGAUCAGCUGGCCAGCAGAGAGGCCUCCAUCGAGGAGAACUUCCUCCAGUUCCUUCAGGGGACAGGGUGCAAUCUGGAGCCCUCCACCCAGGCACACAGCAGGGCUAGCAGGACCGAGGAGGAGGCGGGGGAGAGGGGCCCUCUUCGAGAUGUACCUCGUCAGGACAACACUCUGGUUCAGGAACACACGCCUGUUGACUUCCACAUCCCUGGACAGAUUAUCGAGAAGACCUCGGAGUCCUUGGAGCAGCAGGAUCUGAAUCUGAACGAUGACAUCAACCUAGCGGAAAACUGCUGCAGAGUAAACAGGACCGUGCUGGACAGUGCCUGAACUCUAGUAUUGGACGUUCAUUCGUACAGUAGGCCGGUUUUUGGACCAGGCAUCAGAGGUAGAAACAUUAAAGCCUUCGUCUGCAGGCCAAACAUCGGCGUAGAAGUCCUGUGGUGGAAACGGCAGGUAGAUGACCUGUCCUUUAAAACGUCUGGGGUUCUAAUUCUAUUUGAUGCUGUUUGACGAUUUUGUUUUCCACCGUUGCUACAGUUGGAUUAUGGGACAUACAUGAUGUACCUAGUCAGUGAGACAUUGCUCUUGAGCUACAGUUACAGUGAACCUAUCAUAUAGACUUGGUAUCGUCUCUUGAAGAAUUCAGGUUAUUAUCAUUUGCAUUCUUUGGGACUGUCACUUGAAUCAGGGUUCCUCUAGGAGGUAUGAUGAAGGGUUCGGGGGAAAUUCCAUUGAAAUUCCAAUUCCAAUCAUCCUCAAUGCUUUAAAAAAAAAAGUUUUACUUCCAAAAUAGACUGAAUUUAAAUGUAAUUGACCCUAACCCUGGUAUAACAACAUUGGUACCCAUUUACCAUUAAGACCAAAACCCAUUACAUCAAAUACAUACAGACAGUCAAUCUACCUCCCCUGUUUCCUGUCAAUCCUCCCACUGAUUUAUAUUCUGGAGAGAACAUCAUACUACCACUUCGCAAUCUUUGUUUUAGUGUGGAUGUACACCCCCCCCCUCUCCCUGCACCAAGACAAUCAGUUAAACAAAUGUCAAACUCCAGUCCUAUAGACAUACAUACAGUAGCAGACAUAGGGGUUAAGAACCAGGUCAACACACAGAUCACAGAAAGGCCGAAUCCAUUUGUAUGAAACGCGUGUUUAUUCCACGUUCACUUUCUCAUUCUCCGCUUCCUAAUGCAACCAAGAAAUGAAUACAGAUUUAGUCACUUUCCAUUUCUGACUGUAUCUCAAUCUGAAGCUCUAUGGGCCCUGGUCAUAAGAAGUGCACUAUAUGAGGAAUAGGGCGCCAUUUUGGAUGCAGACAAUGUGUUAACAGGAUCAUUUCACAGCUGGUUCUUCACCAGUGGUAUUUAUAGCAAGCUGGCACAUUAGGUUAUUUUAGACUCUGAAUACAUUACUGCUUUUAUUUGGUCUAUGUAUUUGAGCAGAAAGGGUAGCCUAGUGGUUAGAGUGUAGAGGUGGCAGGUAGCCUAGUGGUUAGAGUGUAGAGGCGGCAGGGUAGCCUAGUGGUUAGAGUGUAG